CAACAGUCUCAACACCCCCAAGAGCAACCCAAACCAUUGUACUGUCAACGAGACCAGCAACAACAAGCAGCACAACAUCAACGAGGAAGGCUACCGAAAAUCCCCGAGAUAUAAUAUUGAUGAUCCAGGAGCCAGCACGAGUACAGGCGGCACCCACAUACGAGGCGACAACCCAGGAAUACAACGCAACAUCCCAGGAUCCAGCAGCUGGCGCGACAAACUCGUGGCCCAAUUGCUCCUGCUCUCAGAGGAAAACAAGGCCAACGGAGCCUAUGAGGGAUUCGCCUACUUCAACGAUCACCACAAUACCGAUCGUGAUAGACAGCAAGCCAAAUCCCAGAAUUUUGCUGAUAAGAGUGCCAACGAGCAGCAGCAACAGCAAUCGCAGCGGGACAGAGCACAGAGCGCCUCGAACUCGCAUCAUAAGAAUACCCUUUUUACCAGGGUCGGUACCAACUCGUCCGCCAGCCAACCAGGCCUCGCCUGCCACGAGUCCUUUAGUAAAUCCGAUAGAUUCGGCGAGGAGGUCCCGUAUCUCAACGUACCCCACGACUGGGAUACUAACAUCCCGAUCCCAACCAGAAACGGUGGCAGGUUUACCGACUACGGCAAUGGUGAACCAAACGGUCCCGGUUUCGUCGUGCACGCCUCAGACACAGACCCUGGCAGCCAUGGCUGGUAUCCAUCUGACAGGUGCGGACGAGCCGCAAUCCAACCAGGAUAUGAGUGGAGCAAUGCCUACUGCCACAGUUGAAGAGAUAGACGUUCCGGUGUUCAUUGAUGAAUACCUGCAAGAUAUAGAAGCCACGUCAUCGACGUGCAGCAGCGAAAACGGAAAGGAGAUUUUUACUGAGACGGAUAUUCUUGACUUUGAUAUAAACAUGUUUGCCGAGGAUCACAUUGAGCUUGAGGGCAAGAAGAUGGAUCCCUUCAGUCCGGCGAUGGACGAGAUGAACAACGACAACUUAGACAACGAUUUCUUACUAAUGGGUAACCUGGCGCUGGCCAACGAGGAGGAGACUUUUGACAUUGCCCCGAUGUGCGGCAUUGACAUCAACCAGGAGCUGGAACUGGAUCUCAACAGCAUUCUAACAUGUUCGCAGCCGACGGCCAUGCUCGUUAGCUCGCAAGAUCCCUACUUGUCCACCUAUUCCCAAGAAACAUCUACCACAAGCAACACCAAAUUCAUCACCGAGGAGCCUUUGAUCGCCGACUUGGCCAGUUUCGAUUCUAGCAGUCUUUUUGGCUACAGCCAGGAGUCGCUCGGCUUCGGCCAUGUGGAGGACGUCAAGCCCAGCGGCAGCUUUGCCAGCAGUGGCGGCGAUGUCGCCGUGGCCAUCCAAGCACCCAUCGAAAUACCAACCAUCUCUACACUUAAGCGAUCUGCUCCGGCACCAGUGGUCGAGUUAAAGCCUCUUAAGCGCUGCCGUCUCUCACUCGAUAUUACCAAACAGGUUGCUCCAGAGUUGAGCCUGAAAACACCCGAUGUACUCGAUAAUGCCCUGGAUAUGUGUGAACUCAACAACAUCAUCAUAUCUAGCCGAGCAAAGAUCGUAGAGGAUCUACGCAGUGCCGAAGAGGAGACCACCACCGACUUCUCAGCGCCGAACACUCCGCAGAGCAACUAUUCAGCCAGCUCUAGCUGUGCAGCUCCCACCUGCCAGACCGGAUUUGGUGGCAUCCUCACAGCUCCCGCCUCACCUGCCUUUUCCGUAACCAGUACCUCUCUGUUCAGCCCUUCGCCAGCCGGUGGAAACACCGGCAAGAGGAAGCGCGGCCGUCCUGCCAAAGAUCAUGCCGAUGGCCCAGAUCCCGAACUCAUGUCCCGCAUGAGCGGUGAGGAGAGAAAGGCUUAUGAGGACAGGAUCAAGAACAACGAGGCCAGCCGAGUUUCGCGCCGGAAGACGAAGAAGCGCGAGGAGGAAGAGAAGAACGCCGAGGAUAAGCUGGUGGUAGAGAAUCUGCGACUGCGCGCUUUAGCGGACGAAGUGACUUCCCAGGAAAAUAAGUUUAAGAAGUACCUGAUGGAUCGCCAGCGGAAGAACAGCACUUACGUCAAGCAGGAGCAGCAUUGAGAUUCUCGUAGCCAUAUAAUUAGAUAGACCAACUGUCGUGACCUUAAGAUUGUCGCAUAUUGCGGAGCAUUAGCCAUAGUCCCAUUAAUCCUCGUCGUCAUCCAUUUGUUAAGAUACUUAAGUUGUCGUUAAAGAAGUCGUGAAGAAAUCAAAUUUCCAUCUGGACAUCAAUUUCGCACGAAGUUGAUGUAAAAACAUUAGGCCUAAAGAAGGCGCCCAUUGAGCGCGAGACGUGUUUAACUAUAAUUCUACUUUUAUUAUGUUUGAGAAAUCAAAAAGUUUAUGUACCCACAUAUGUUUUUUUUCGUCCUAAGCGUAAUCGAAAAAACCAUGAAAAAAUCAAAAAAAAAAACAUUUUGUAAUGUAACGAUUACGAUUUCGUAUGUUUUAACCCCAUUGAUGAACAAAAAAAGUUAUAAAAAUGUCAACAAAAAAAUAUGCUAUUGUUAAGAACAAUUGAAACGUAUAUUUUACAGAUAUCAACCUAUAUAACCGUAAUUGUUUGAAUAAAGAGCAUGUUUCAAUAAACAUGACAAAAUCAA